UUCCAGCUGGAGGUUCAAUACUUCCAUGAUCAUGCAACUCUCACCGCUGUUGCAGCUCUUAAGCAAAACCCUCUAAUCGACGUAACAGCUACUCUCGGUACACCGACCAUUGCAUUCGGUGCAGAAGCCGGAUACGACACUGCUUCCAAAACUUUCACCAAGUACAAUGCUGGGAUCAGUGUGACAAAACCGGACGCUUGUGCCUCCAUUAUACUGGGAGACAAGGGAGACUCGAUAAAGGCAUCAUACCUGCAUCAUGUAGACGAGGCGAAGAGAAGUGCGGCAGUGGGGGAAGUGUAUAGGAAAUUCUCAACGAACGAGAACACGGUAACAGUGGGUGGAUUAUACGCAGUGGAUCAUUUGACGACCGUGAAAGCAAAGCUUAACAACCACGGUAAGCUCGGGGCACUUAUCCAGCACGAGGUUGUGCCCAAAUCGCUAGUGACCGUAUCUGGUGAGAUCGACACUAAGGCUCUGGACAAGUAUCCGAGGUUCGGUCUCUCCUUAGCUCUGAAACCUUGAGUGAGAGAGAGAACACGCGAUGGACUUUGGUCUGAACUCUGAAGCUUUUUCACUUCAUGAAUCUCAUCAUCAUCGUUUCUACGGCGGCUUCUUUUGGGGAUUUGCGUUUUCCAAAUAAUCAUCUCCGCAGGCAAACAAACUGACGGUUUAUUAUUUCUUUUUUAAGACCGUUUUUGUUUUUUUU